UCUUUUUGCCUUAGCUUUUUCCCAUCUACUAUCUGUUGUUCCUCCUUCGUCUCUACGUCGAUUGAGGGCGUUCUAGUUGGCCUGCCGACCCUAGAGCAACCCUGCGUGCGCCUGCCCCGACGGGUCCUUCCCAGGCGACGUUCGUUGGUCUCGCCGCCGGCCUGCCCGGCGACAACCGGUCUGACCGGUAUACCCGACCGGUCUGAGCAUCGGCGCUGCAUCGUGCCGUCGCUCGCUGCACGUUCAAGUGUUUUCAUGUGUUGGCCUUAGUUCUGCGCCAACAUAUUUUUGGCGACUCUGCUGGGGAAAAGAAGAAAUAAAUCGGUUGCCAUGGCCGGUAUUCCUAAACCUGGUGAAGUUGAUUCUACCAAUAUCCGGAGGCCGAAUGUUCAACAACUUUCGGUCGAGCAUCAGAAGAUUCUUGAUGGCGUCCAGAAGAAGAUGAGAGAAGAUAAGGAGGAGAUCCAGAAAAUUAGAGAAGAGAAGGAGAAAGAGAUCCAGAAGCUGGAAGAAGAAGCCAUGAACCAGUACAUCUCGCACUUCUCCAUCGACCGGCAAGGGAAGGUCACGACGGAUGACGCCUUCGAUGCUUCACAAUUUGAGAGACAGAUUCAAUCGGCUGUUAAUGAAGGCCGAAUAAUUGUUUCACAAAUGAAAGUGGAUCAGAAUCAUUUUCCUGCACAUACAUAUGUGCUUGAGUUGAGUAAUCCCAAAGUGUUAAUUCGGCCGAGUUUUAAAGAACUCUUGGCCAAAUAUGAGAAGAAAGGAGUCGUCCAGAAGCAGAAGGGACGGCCAGAUAAUGUUAAGGAUACAAAGCCAUCAUUGUCUCAAGUGCAAUUGAGUUUGAGCCAAGGAGAUGUGGGCAAUGUCUACUUUGGGCCAAAUCAUCCCAUGAAGCCACAUCGUCUUUGUAUGACGCAUCACCUUGUUCUUUCAUAUGGACUUCAUAAAAAGAUGGAGAUAUAUAGACCACACAAAGCAUAUCCAAUAGAGCUUGCCCAGUUCCAUUCUGCUGAUUAUGUGGAAUUCUUGCACCGGAUAACUCCUGACACUCAACACCUGUAUGCAAGUGAAUUAACUAGAUUCAAUCUUGGAGAAGACUGCCCAGUCUUUGAUAAUUUGUUUGAGUUCUGCCAAAUCUAUGCUGGAGGAACUUUAGAUGCUGCUCGCAGAUUAAAUCAUAAAUCAUGUGACAUUGCCAUUAAUUGGGCCGGUGGGCUGCAUCAUGCGAAAAAGUGUGAGGCAUCAGGCUUCUGCUACAUUAAUGAUCUAGUUUUGGGAAUUCUGGAGCUUCUCAAGUACCAUGCCAGGGUUCUAUAUAUUGACAUUGAUGUUCAUCAUGGAGAUGGAGUUGAAGAAGCUUUUUAUUUCACAGACAGGGUAAUGACUGUGAGUUUCCACAAGUAUGGUGACCUGUUCUUUCCUGGCACAGGUGAUAUUAAGGAUAUAGGAGAAAGGGAAGGAAAAUAUUAUGCUAUCAACAUUCCACUUAAAGAUGGUAUAGAUGACGCCAGCUUUACUCGUCUUUUUAAAACAAUUAUUGCCAAGGUUGUUGAGACAUAUCUGCCUGGUGCUAUUGUUCUUCAAUGUGGGGCUGAUUCAUUGGCAAGGGAUCGUCUGGGCUGCUUCAAUCUAUCCAUUGAAGGCCAUGCUGAAUGUGUAAAGUUUGUUAAGAAAUUCAAUAUUCCCCUUCUGGUAACAGGAGGUGGUGGAUACACCAAGGAGAACGUAGCACGAUGUUGGGCUGUUGAAACCGGGGUCCUUUUAGACACAGAACUCCCAAAUGAGAUUCCAAACAAUGACUACAUUGAGUACUUUGCUCCAGAUUAUACACUGAAAGUUGCAAAUUUGAACAUGGACAAUUUGAAUAGUAAGACCUAUCUCAGUUCAAUCAAAGUGCAAGUCAUGGAGAGUUUGCGGUCUAUACAGCACGCACCUGGUGUUCAGAUGCAAGAGGUUCCGCCAGAUUUUUAUAUCCCUGAUUUUGACGAAGAUGAGCUGGAUCCUGAUGAACGUGUUGACCAGCAUACCCAAGACAAGCAGAUUCACCGUGAUGAUGAGUACUAUGAAGGCGACAACGACAACGAUCAUGACGAUGGCGCUCGCUGAUCUGUUCCUUUUGGCAUGUAAUGGUGUAUAUGGAAACUGAGAACCUUCACUGUUGUUGUGUAGCUCAUCAGGCUUGAGGUGGAGUAGUUUGCAGAUUUACACUAGGCUCUAACGUAGCAGGUCGAAGUAUUUGGGUUCUAACCCUUCCUCAGUCAUUUUAUGUAGUACAACUCUGCCCAUUUUUCGUCAUACGGAAAUGCAAGUUUGUCGGGGAGAUCCCUAACUCGAUGCGAUCGAGCUCGAUGCAAAAUGGGCGCUCGGUGAUGUAUGGUGGUGUACGAUGCUGUCCUGCAGUUGAACGACGUUGUAUCGUGCUGUCCUGCCAUUCUACGGCUAUUCAGUUUUUACUGAAUCUUUCAAAAAAUAAAACAGUUUUUACUG